AUGCUUUCCCCCCGGGCGGAGAAGGCGGUGCACCCAAGGCGUUUUUCGGCUUCCCCGCCCUCCCCUCCGGGCGUGGGCCUUUCGGCUCACUGCAGAUUUCAGUCGGAAAAACUGUACCCGAAAGCCGCCCCUUUCCCUCGAACGGAGGCGCCAGAGCCGGGCCCUCCUCUGCCCGACGUCGCCUCAAGAUCGGGGGGCCCCACGCCUGCGACGCGGAAACCCUCUUCCUUGACCCCAGACCCCGCGCUCCCCCUCAGGACACGCAGAAGAAAAACGUCAGCUCCAGACAGAAGCCAGCACCAUAGCCCUUACCCAUACAAAGCACCAUAUGCUACAAGAUACCCAUCCACCUCCACCCUUUCUCCACAGAAGUGUUCUUAAACCCAGGAAAAGGUGCCACUGGCCCACUGACAGCCACAUGUGGGGAGAGGUGGAGUCUUUUAGCUUGGGAUAAAAUGAUUAUAUGGGUAUGGAUGGGGGAACCUGGGGGUGGAGGGGUGUCCGAGAGAUAAAGUCCUUCCUUUCAGCUUUAGAGUCCUUUUAAAAGCACAGUCAGCUUCUCCAA